GCAGGAUCUGCUUCAAAGUACAAGUUGCCCAUCAAAGACAAAGGCUCUUAAAGAGAGAAAGUGACCAGAGAAAGACCUUUAGGACACAGUAAGGGAUUUGUAGGAGGAAAGCACAAUGUCUGACGACAGCAAGAUGACGCUCAACCUCCUCUUGCUUGGAAAGACACAGAGUGGCAAAAGUGCUACAGGAAACACCCUUCUAGGCAACAGAGACUUUGCCAGUUUCCUUUCCCCGUCCUCUGUGACCACAUCUUGCAGUCUAGGCCGCAGCUGUCCCAUUUUGGGCUUUGCGCGUCGCCGAGGCAGUGAGCUCACUGUGCAGGUCCAAGUGCUGGACACUCCCGGCUACCCUCACAGCAGCCUGAGCAGAGAGCAAGUGAAGACAGAGGUGAGAAGUGCUUUAGUCCGGCACUUUGGAGAGAAAGGUCUUCAUUUGGCCUUCUUGGUCCUGAGGGCUGAUGUUCCGCUGUGUGAGGAGGAAGAGGACCCUACAAUCCAGCUAGCCCAGGAACUCUUGGGUCCUAACUGGAAAAGUUAUACUGUCAUCUGCCUUACUCAUUCUGACCAGAUUGAAAACACCAGAUUCACUACAGAACAGUAUUUGCAUUCUGCCACGGACACACUUCGUAAACUCCUGCAGUCAGUGGAGCAAAAGUACAUUUUUGUUGGCAAUCACAAACAGCCUCUGAAACAGGAACACCUAGAAGUUUUAAGGAAAAUUAUGGAGUUUCUGAAGCAAAACCGUUAUCAGACCCUUGUAUUGAAACAAAUGACAUAAACUUAAGCAGCUGAUUUACUUUCAGCUUUCUUUUCCUUUGCACUUUGUCUUGUCUUUUAACUUUAAAGCUCAUUGGGCAUCUUGUGAACUGCCCUAAGACCUGUGGGCAUAGGGCGGUACACAAAUUUAAUAAAUAAUAUUACUUUUUGUAUCUUUAUUUUUAGAUCUUAUUUUGAUUUAUGUGGAAAUUGUUUCAGUUUGGUUGUGUGCUUUUUGAUGCGUUUUAUUAGGUUUGUAAUUAUGUAAAUCUUGCCGAGCUGUAAACCACCUUGAGCAUGGGUUUUAACUAUGGAAAGGAAGCAUACAAAUAAAAUGCUGCUGCUGCUUGUACAACUAUUCAGAAACUCCCAUGCUGCUCAUUACCCGCUCCUGAUGUACCAGUCAAAACA